AACUCAAUAUUGGUAAUUUGGUACAAUACCGUGCAAUAAACCCUAGGGUUUAAGGAAUAUUAGGUAAAUUAUUGCUGCAGAUUUGAAGCAAGUUCCAGGUGAAUAUCACCGUUUGAUUAUGUGAAAAUUCCUCCAAAAAUCGCAAUUUGAUUGAACUUCAGAUGGGGAUAUAGGGGUUUAGGGCUAAUUUGAGCAAUAAGUGGGAAUUCGACGGGAGAAUCAGAAUGAAUGAUAUUUAAGGUCUGAGGCGCGAUUUGAAGAUCUUUGAGGACAAAAUCCAGACUCCCGCUGUUGAAGGACCGAACCCGGAAGAGGACGAAACACCUCACCGAGAAACCUACUGAACUCUUUGUUCCAGAGCUUGACCAUUUCCCCUCAUCAUUUUCUGAUUCGUUCCUUGACGUUGAGCCCCUGGCGGCUGGUUUAUGGAAGGCGUCGGUGUGAAUAUGCCUGAUUUAGUGGAAGAAGUGGUCGAUUUUGAAUCCAUUAGAGGUCAAUUAGUUGAUGGUAGGAAGGAAUUUGACGUUUUGGGGGAAACUUUGGAGGGUUCUACUGUAAAGGCAGAACCUUUGUGUGGUUUAGAGCUGGAAGAUGGAGAAAUUGAGGGUGAUGUUGAGGAAUGUAUUGAAAAGAGUAGUGGCAGAAACUUGGGGGAUUUAGGGUGUUUGGUUGAGGAGCAGCUUGGGAAAGUGAGCUUAGAUGGUGCAACAGAAAAAAAUCUAUGUGUUCUUCAAGUUGUUACUUCAUUGAACCAUGAGAUUAGUGGUGUUGAAGAAGCUGUCACGGAAGACAGCUCCAAGAGUGUGGAAGUAGGAAUUGGUACUUGUGAUGGUAUGAAGAGUGAUGGUGAUGUGGUGGUACUUGGUGACAAUGAGAAUAAGGUUGAUGAGAGUGUGGAUGAUGGAGAUGGGAGUAAGAAUGAGAGUGAAGAUGAAGACGAGAGCUCGUCUGAUUCAUCAUCUUCUUCGUCUUCCUCUAGUUCCAGUGAGGACGAUGAUGAUGGCGAGAAUACAGGCAAGAAUGGAGAGGGUAGCGGUGAUGAGGAGACUGAGAUGGAAGAUGGUGAGAUUUUGUUGUCUGAUUUAGAAGAAAUGGUUUCGUGGAGUGAUGUUGAAGAUGAGGAUGGGGGUGGUGCCGGAGGUGGCCCGAUCAAAUCUAAGAAUGAGCUCAAGGAUCUCCCUCCUGUUCCUUCUGUUGAUGUGACCUUGGAACCACAUCAUCAAACCCUUCCAGUUGGAACAGUUUUGUCGAUGAUUGGUGCCCAAGUGAUUGUGGAAGGUGUCGAGAAACACAAUCCUCUCAAUGAAGGCUCAAUUCUUUGGAUUACUGAUAGCAGAUCCCCUCUGGGGAUUGUUGAUGAAAUCUUUGGGCCUGUGAAGAACCCUUACUACAUUGUGAGAUACAACUCUGAGGAGGAAGUCCCUACUGGUAUCCAACAAGGAACCUUGAUCUCGUUCGUUGCAGAGUUUGCAGAUCAUGUACUAAAUAACAAGAAUCUCUACCAGAAAGGGUAUGAUGCAUCUAAUGAGAACGACGAAGAGCUGUAUGAGGAUGCUGAAUUCUCGGAUGACGAGAAAGAGGCCGAGUUCAAGAGAAUGAUGAAGAUGAAGAAAAGGGGAACAAAUGAUUCCAAGCCCGGAAACAAGAGGAAGGAGAAACGUCAGCAGAAUAAUCAGAAAGGGAACGGGAGCUGGAACAAUAACCGUGAUUCUACUGCACAAACUCCUCGUGUUGGUGAAGACCAGGGUUCAUCGGGCUCUAGGCAGGGUUUUGGUGAUCAAGGUGCCAUUCCUCCUCCGUUCCAGCAAAGCCCUCAAGCACCGGCCUUUCCUGCUCCGACUGGAAGUUGGAACAAUGGGUUUCUGCAACAUCAGCAACUAAAUGCAAACCUUCUUGCUGGAUUGCCGCCAAACGGGAUGCUGUGGAUGCAGCAAAACCUACCCUACCUGUUCCCAGCGGGUGCACCAUUUCAACAGCAAAUUGGUAUGAUCACCGGGAUGCCACCAAACUUUAAUCCAAUGGUUGGACUACAAAAUAUUGGUGGGAUGAAUCCACCUUGGCCUAUGGAUCAGAAUGCGUUGCAGUUUGGAAUGCAGGGCCAGCAAGGGCCACCGCUGCCUCAGUUUGGAGUGCAGGGCCAGCAAGGUCCACCUCCACCGCCUCAGUUCGAAGUGCAGGGCCAGCAAGGUCCACCUCCACCGCCUCAGUUUGGAGUGCAGGGCCAGCAAGGUCCACCACGGCCUCAGUUUGGAGUGCAAGGCCAGCAAGGUACACCACAGCCUCUGAAUGGUGGCGGAGAGCAAGCAGUCCAGUCUCAGGGAUCCCAAGAUAGUGUAGGUUUGCAGCCAUCUCCUCCGUCCAUGAGUUUCAAUGGAGGGCGUGGUGGUGGAAGAAGACAUCACAGGGGCCGAGGGCGUAAUGGUGGUGGCAGGGGCAGGGGCGGGCAUUCGUGAGAAAUACUUUAUUCCAAUUAUUCUGUCAAAUUUUUGUUCUUCCCUUUGCGAACCUUUUAUUAAUUGUAGUUACAUGUUGUAUAAUAUGUAAUCAUGUUUCAUGUUCA